CCCAACUUCAACACCAUCAAAACCUCAUCCCGAUCAAACCCACCACCUUUCAUCCUCGGGUCCACCACACUCAUAACCCUCCCUUCCUUCCACUCGCUCCACACAUGUUCGGCCAAUACGAAAUCCUCGGGCCCGGAUUUACGCUCAAUGGGCCUACGCCCACAUACAACCUCGAGCAAAAGCUCCCCAAACACGAAAACAUCUGAGCCCGUCGUGGCCCGGCCCGUCCUUGUUAGCUCGGGCGCGAGUAGGCCCGAAGCAACCACUUUCACGAUCCUGAACCUCUGUUCCCAGCUCAAGGCCCGUUCGGCUUCCGUUAGGCAUGAAAUCGUAAACGAGGAGGAGGUCUGCCCCACGCCUGCACCAGCCCAUCAGCUGAACCAGAUUCCGGUGACGGAGCCGGCCGAUGCUGGAGAUUUCCGAGAGGAAUUCGCGAACGCCUUGUUUCGAGUCACCCGACCAAAGCCGCCGGAGCCGAGGAGUUCGCUGUCUUUGAAGCUUCUGGUGGCUUUUUUGAGCUCU